AUAACAUUAGCAGGGGGCUUGUUCUCGUAUGAGACAGAAGGUAGAGUGAAAGUCUCGAUUGUUUUCCUGCGGAACGACGCUCUCCGCGAAUGCGGCAGAUAUUUCUCGUCGCGUCUUAAGUUAGGUCCCCCCCCCCGGGCGGAGUAAUAUUGUGAUGUUAUUUACAGUGUGAUUGUUGCAUGCUUUCCUGGUACACAAGAUCUCAUGCACAGCUCAUUAGCUCUAGCGAAUUGAGUCCUCACCGUGCACCUUCAGUACCGUUGCCGAUUCCGCCAGGACGGACUCUCCAGUGGAGACAUCCUGUCUACCCAGAGAUCAAAGGCAACGAGGCUGUAGCAACACCACUGGAACUGAAGAUUGCUUUAAAUAAGCACGUCCUUGUAGAAGGUUUUUAAGUCAUGAUGCAAGAAUCUGGGACGGAGGCGACAACCAACGGCCCAGCCAGUCAGAACGGAGGCACAAGUGUUGAGGGUGGAGUCAGAGAGGGGAGGCCCAAUAGCGCCACGCCGUCGGUGGAGGUGAAAGCAGCAGACCUCCUGCAUCUCCAGCAGCACCAGGCUCUCCAAGUUGCACGGCAGAUCCUCCUCCAGCAGCAGCAGCAGCAGCAGCAGCAGCAGCAGCCGCCGCCACAGUCACAACUGCAGCCUCAACAAAACACCGGUCACAAAUCUCCCAAAGCCAAUGACAAACAGCAAAACCUUCAGGUUCCAGUGUCAGUGGCUAUGAUGACACCUCAAGUAAUAACUCCACAGCAGAUGCAGCAGAUUCUCCAGCAGCAGGUCUUGAGCCCUCAGCAGCUCCAGGUGCUCCUUCAACAGCAACAGGCCCUCAUGUUACAGCAGCAGCAACUCCAAGAGUUUUACAAGAAGCAGCAAGAACAGCUCCACCUCCAGCUCCUCCAGCAGCAGCAGCACCAGCAGCAGCAUGUGGGCAGCAAGCAGAGUAAAGAGCAGGUAUCUGCACAGCAGUUGGCCUUUCAGCAGCAGCUCUUGCAGGUCCAGCAGGUCCAGCAGCAGCAUCUGCUCAACCUCCAAAGACAAGGGCUGCUCACCAUCCAGCCUGGCCAGACAGGCCUGCCACUGCACUCCCUCACUCAGGGCAUGAUUCCAGCAGAUCUGCAGCAACUGUGGAAGGAAGUGACGAAUGCUCAAGUGAAGGAGGACCACAACAGCAGUAACAAUGGCCACCGGGGCCUUGACCUGUCCUCCCCGGCACCGCCAAAGAACCCACUUGCCAACCAGCAUGCCUCCACCAACGGCCAGUACAUGAGUCACAAAAGAGAGGGAUCCACGCUAGAAGAGCCCUCUUCCCACAGUCACCCUCUCUAUGGACACGGAGUGUGCAAGUGGCCCGGAUGUGAGGCGGUGUUUGAUGAUUUCCAGUCAUUCCUCAAACAUCUCAACAAUGAGCAUGCCUUGGAUGACAGGAGCACGGCCCAGUGUCGGGUGCAGAUGCAGGUCGUACAACAGCUGGAGCUGCAGUUAGCGAAAGACAAAGAGCGUCUGCAAGCCAUGAUGACACAUCUCCAUGUCAAGUCUACAGAGCCCAAAGCCACCCCACAGCCGCUGAACCUGGUGUCCAACGUCACUUUGUCUAAGUCGGCCCCCGAGGGUUCCCCACCUUUGAGCCUGCCCCAGACUCCGACCACACCCACGGCCCCCCUUACGCCCCUUUCCCAGACUCACUCCGUCAUCACAGCCAACAGCUUGCACAGCGUGGGCCCUAUGCGGCGGCGCUACUCGGACAAGUACAACAUGCCCAUCUCUCCAGAUAUUGUCCAGAACAAAGAGUUUUACAUGAAUGCUGAAGUUAGACCGCCAUUCACAUAUGCCUCGCUAAUAAGACAGGCAAUCCUCGAGUCUCCAGAAAAGCAGCUAACACUAAAUGAAAUCUACAACUGGUUCACGCGGAUGUUUGCAUAUUUUAGGCGCAACGCAGCAACAUGGAAGAAUGCAGUCCGGCAUAAUCUUAGUCUUCACAAGUGUUUUGUGCGAGUAGAAAACGUAAAAGGGGCUGUGUGGACAGUGGACGAAAUAGAGUUCCAAAAGAGACGGCCUCAAAAGAUCAGUGGAAGUCCGGCAUUAGUGAAGAACAUUCAAACCAGCCUAGGCUAUGGUCCAGCCCUCUCUGCUGCCUUCCAGGCUUCAAUGGCAGAAAACAACAUACCUCUAUACACUACUGCUUCCAUUGGAAGUCCCACCCUUAACUCCCUGGCUAACGCCAUCCGUGAGGAGAUGAAUGGAGCAAUGGACCAUGGAAACAGCAAUGGCAGUGACAGCAGCCCGGGACGCUCGCCCUUGCCAGCUAUGCAUCACAUCAGCGUUAAGGAGGAACCACUGGAUCCUGAAGACCACGAAGGCCCCCUCUCCCUGGUGACGACCGCCAAUCACAGUCCAGAUUUCCAGCACCACAGAGAUUAUGACGAUGACCAGGGCCAUGAUGAUAUGCUGUAAAGCCUGUUCCCCCAACUCUUUCCCUGCCCCCCCCCCGCCGGCCUCAGAGGCAUCUAUGAGACAGUACAGCUCUACAGAUACAAACUCUGAUGGCAGUCUCAGCUACUGAUGACAGCUCUCAAAUGUCUCCAAUUGACUUUUAGUGCCAUUACAAUACAUAGCGGAAAAAAACAAAAACAAAAAAAAACAGAAUACAUCCCAAAAGGGGGUAUUUUUUGAUUCAUUUCUACAUUUGAUUAAAGUGAAACUUAACGUGAAAAAAAAACUUCAUUUCUACCCGACAUGGGUCGGACGAACUUGUUUGGUACAGGGGGAUAUGUUCCCGGUUGGCGAGAGAGAUUUGGAUGCCAUGACGGGCAGGGACCACUGUGCAGCCAGGAAGGACUGCAUGCAGCCCACUCAACCACACUGAGCACGGACUGUAGAGGGCUUGUCUCUCUUCCCCCCUUCCCUCUCUCUCUCUCUUUCACUCAUACACACACACACACACACACACACACACACACACACACACACACACACACACACACACACACACACAACCCAAACUGAAGAGAGAAUGACUGACAUUUAAUUUACACCGGGUGCAUGCGAGAGAGAGAGUGCAGACUUUUGUUCAUUGUCACUGCCUUCAACACUUUCAUCGGUUUGCUACCAUCAAGGGAUGGGAGGGUUGGUUUUUUUUUGUUUUGUUUUUUUUGGGUGAUUUUUUUUUUUUUUGGGUGAGCGGUUAUAGACUAUCAAUGUAAUGUCUUUACAACAUCCAUUGCUGUUGCAUUUUGUUAAUGUUGCAUCUAUAUAUAUAUAUUUUUUAUUCUUUAGAACUUAUCAGACCUCAUGCCCAUGCUGUGGAGAUUCUGUGUGGUCAGCACUUGAUAAUGAAUGUUUGUUUUCUUUUCAUUUUGUUCCAUGACUUGCAUAUAUACACACGCACACACACUCACAAACACAUGCAUGCAUGUGUGUAUGUAUAUAUGUAUGUAUGCAUGCAUGUGUGUUUGCAAGUGUGUGUCACACAAAUGAAGCAGAAUGUCAAAUACCAAAUAGUAUUUUUCUGUCAUUUAUUCCACGAUCUUCUGAAUGCCAACUCCCUGACUUGUAACCCACCCCCCAUUUCAACCCCCCCUCAGCUCAUGAAGUCCACCCGCAAUGCACUACACAUAAUGAAGGCUCUCUCCACGCAUCAAUGAAGUUUAAUUUAAGAUGAGAAUGAAUGACAGAGAAAUCAUGCAGGUUAUGAUUUAUCCUUAUGAAAUUAAACCUUGAAAAACAGCCCCUCAAAGUUGAGGAUGUUGGGCUGUAACAAAAAUGUCCGAUCACUUACAAGCUCUGGUCUUUAAAAAAAGAAAAUGAAAAUGUCAGGUGUGCACUGCAAAGAUAAUGAUUUAGACCAAUUAAUUGUGAUUCCUUAACACAGCUGUCAUUGUUAAUCAAA